AUGAGUUUUGGCUGGGGUGCUGGCGAUAUCGUGAAGGCAAUCGAGCUCGCGAUACUUAUUCGCUCUCGGUUUGUAAAUGCACCAGCACAGUUUAAAGCCAUAUUUGCUGGGUUCGGUCCCUCCAUCCCUCACUCUCCCAUGCAUGAUUCGCGCGUGCAAAGCUUGACGAGGCUCCUCGAGCAAGUACGAGAUGCCUUGCCUCGGAACCUCAACGCCGGGCAACGUCGACUCUUGGAGAGUAUCCUGGAAAAUGUAGGGCAAAAUCUCAGCGAACUGGACGAGAUCUUGGACAAAUACCAGGAGCUGGGUCCUAUAGACCCUACCAAGUCUACAUUAUACAAUUUCAAAGUGAAAGUCGUCAGGGGUUGGAAGAGGGUAAAAUGGGAGCCAACCGAUAUAACUGAGCUUCGUGAUCGCUUCGUUUCCAACCUGACUAUGCUAAACGCUUUCUAUGGACAGCUGACAAACCAACAAGUCUCAGAGCUUAAGAAUGGCGUUGAAAGAGCCAGUCGACGACAAGCUGGCAAAGAUAUCACUGAAGAGCUCAAAUCAAUGCUCGAGUGGCUUUGUCCAGUUGAUUAUAUCUCUCAGCAGAACGAUGCUAUCAGUCGAAGACAGGGCAAAUCUGGUCAAUGGCUUUUGGAUUCCACAGAAUUUCUUACCUGGCUCAACCAGAAGCAGCGAGCUCUUUUCUGCUAUGGAAUGCCCGGGGCUGGCAAGACAAUGCUUAGUUCCAUACUAAUUGAAUAUUUGCAAGAUAAUUUCUGGCAAGAAGACGACUUUGGUAUUGCAUACAUCUAUAUCAAUUAUCAGCAGCAGCAACAACAGCAACCAUUGGAUUUACUCAGCUGUAUACUGAAGCAGCUCAUUCAAAAACGCGGUUCAAUUCCCCCUAGCUUGAAACAGGAAUGUCACGAUCAUCUGGCUCGUGGCUCACGGCCUUCGCUCCAAAGGAUCUCGGAAGAGCUACACUCGCUGAUAAAGUCAUUUCCUAGAACAUUUAUUGUUAUUGAUGCUCUUGAUGAAUGCCGCACCUCGGACGGCAGCGGAAAUGCCUUUCUAACAGCCCUUUUACAACUACAAUCUGCCGCUGGGGCAAACAUCUUGGUGACGUCCCGUGAUAUUCCAGAAUACAGAGCACGAUUUGAUAGCAUGAAAACUACAUGUACGUCAAUGGAGGUGCGAGCGGCGGAAGACGAUAUCAGGAGCUACAUACGAGGACAUAUGUUCCAGAUUUCACCAUCAGUUCUGUCCCAGGACGGCGGCCUGCAAGGGGAAAUUGAAGACCAUAUUACAAAAGCAAUCGAUGGAAUGUUUCUCCUCGCGAGGCUGCACAUGGACUCUCUAGUGGGAGUAGAGUCUCCCAAAGCUAUCCGAAAGAUCCUCGAAAAUUUGCCGUCUGGAUCGGAUGCCUAUGAUGAUUCAUACGCUACAGCCAUGCAGCGGAUUGAUAACCAGCCUAAAAACUCACGAAGUCUCGCUCUGAGGGUGCUAUCAUGGGUCACUUGUGCAAAGCGCCCCUUGAAAACGUUGGAACUACAACAUGCUCUUGCGGUGGAAGAACAAGCUGGUGAAUUGGAUGAAACGAAUAUUGCUCCAAUUGAAGCCCUGAUAUCGGCCUGCGCUGGCCUUGUUACCGUUGAUGAAGCCCGCAACGUCAUCCGGCUGGUUCAUUACACAACGCAAGAAUAUCUUCGGCGUAAUCUAGAAAAAUGGGUUCCUACCGCGAAACAAGAUAUUGCAGCGACCUGUGUUGCCUAUCUUUCAAUGGACCAUUUCUUCGAAGGGGGUUGUAAGAGCUACACAGAGUAUUACAAACGAAUACAAGCCUACCCCUUUUUGAUUUAUGCAGCUGAUAAUUGGGGCUAUCAUGUGUCAGAGGCUCCUGAUCUGCAAAGGGAAAAGGUCUUUACAUUGCUGAAGUCCGGCGGUGCGGUUUCUAGCUGUAUCCAGGCUAUAAGAUUGGACUCUAUCCCUGAGCCUUAUCGCCAUAAACGCCUGACUCCACCGCAAGCAACAGGCUUACAUUUGGUUGCCCAUUUUGGGAUCAACAUAUCACCAAUGGAACUACUGCCACCUGGAGACUCCAAAGCAGACUUUGUUAACAGCAAAGAUUGGCUUGGCCGAACACCGCUCGUUUGGGCAGCCAGGGAGGGCAACGAAGCGUCCGCAAAAUCACUGCUGGCUGAUGGCGCCAUCGUUGACGCUUGGGAUGAAUGCGGUCGAGCUCCAUUGAUGUAUGCCGCCUUAAAAGGGCAUACAAAGAUGGUAGAAUUACUGCUGGACCACGGUGCUCGUAUAGAUGGCCGGGGCCCGAAUCCAUAUCGCAAACUAAUGCAUUCGUACCUGCCUUUCCUUGACGAUGACUUUUUUUUCGUGCCUUUCAUCGACGACGAUAAGCCCAAAAGACCGACACAGGCCGAAUGCGGACACCUGUUGUCUGACGUAGCCUCGAUUGGAAAUGUUGACGUGAUGGCCUUGCUCCUGGAUCGUUUGGCAUUAGGGUCAAGCUUAAGUUUCAAAAAGGCCCCGUUUUCCUCUGCUGUUUCCAUGGGAAUGCGUGCGGCCACCAGAAUCCUGGGUGCACAGGAAGCAGGAAUAAACUUGCAGGAUGAUGAUGGGUUAAGUCCACUAUCCCAUGCCGCGGCCGCAGGACACGAUACCAUGGUGAAACUGCUUCUUGCACGAGGUGCAGAAGUAGAUCCUGAAAAUAAAUAUGGAUGGACACCUUUAGCCCAUGCUGCAAGCCACGGAUAUAGUACAGUGGUCCAGAUACUUAUCGACGCAGGUGCUAACAUUAACCUAAAGGAUGAGUUCAAUAAGUCCCCAUUGCUUCUUGCAGCGCGCGCCAGCCAUUAUGGGCUUGUGGAAAUACUUCUUGGCCAGGGCGCAGAACCCCAAUGUGUCGUGUCUCUAUAUGAAUUUAUUGCACUAUCUCUUCGAGUUAGCAAGGCAAAAGUGGUAGAAACACUUCUCGACCAGGGGGCGGAGGUGGAUUCUAGGGAUGCCGCUGGCCGUACGGCAUUAUCUCACGCAGCUGAGGGCAAUUUCUUAGAUUCGAUAGGCUUGUUGCUCGGUCAAGGCUCCAGACCAGAAACGAAGGAAAAUGCUGGCCAUUGCCCGCUGUCCUAUGCCGGUGCAACAGCCUUCUAUGACGCCAUGAAACUGAUGCUUGAUGAAGGCGUUGACCUAAACGUUGAUCGUGCUGGCAGGCGGGUCAGUUUGCUCAGAAUCAUUAUGAGCUAUGACAAAGAGAAGAUCCUUAAAGCCAUGUUCGACUAUGGUAAGAAGUUAGACUUGAAGAACGAUUCUCGCCCUCCUAGGAUGUUAUGUGACAACGAGGGGGCAUUUAACUAUGGCUUAUCCGUCGUGAAGCGCCUAAUUGACAGAGGCGCAAAUGUGAACUCCAAAGAUAACGACGGCCGGACACCACUAUCUUAG